CUGGUGACACUCCUUCCAAUUAUCUCCUUCCCUCGGCUGCGGCAGUGGAGAGGACGCUGGCUUCAAACAUGCCUCGUUUCAUCGCCAAUAAGCGCGUUUAGCUGGGGAUAUUUCCAUCUUGAUGCUUCUCUCUCUUUUUGUUUUUUUAAAAUAGGUCAAACAAUCAGUUUUUCAACAAUGAGGCCGCCGGUGGAAGUGUCCGUGUUUCUCCUCUCCCUCCUGGCUCCUGUAGUCUUGUACACCUUGAACAACAUCCCCGUGCUUCAGGAACCUCUGCCUGUCCUGGGAAUGGGAAUGGUUGUCCUGGGAUCUGUUCUUCUUCUUCUUCUCCUCACUGUGCCACACAAUAAGAAAAUUGACCCUUUAUUCUAUGUGUUUGCAGAGUUUUCCUUCACCUGCAUGGUGGGCCUGACUAAUGCUUUAGAGCAGGAUGGCUUCAUCUCUGGCUUCAUGGGCUUCUAUCUAAAGACGGGUGAACCUCAUCUGAGUUCGGCCUACGCUGUGAUGAUGUCGUACUGGGAAGGCGUCUUUCACGUUGUCCUCUUCCUCACCAUCAUCCACCGCAUGUUCAGAGGGAAGUCCUAUCGAAGCCUGGGCCUGCUGUGGACGGGCUCCUCCAUCGCCCAUCAAAUUGUUCUCAUCCCGGGAGUGGUCAUCGGUAAAUACGGGUCUAACAUUCGACCGGCCUUUUGGAGGAAUGUGCCGUUCUUUCUGGUGCCUUUCUGGGCGGCUUCCCUGCUCUUUAGCAGACCCAGAGAGAUGCCGGUUGUCACAGCGGACAAGAUCGCCGAGGAGCAGAAGAAAGGUCUGCUGUCCCGCCCGCUCGACCUGCUUCUCUCACUUCUGUUAGUGGGGGCGAUGGCCUUCUCUGUUUUCAGAGGCUUUGUGGUGCUGGAUUGUCCCCUGGACGCUUGUUUCACCUACAUCUAUCAGUACGAGCCGUACCUCAAAGACCCAGUCGGCUUCCCCAGGGUUAUGAUGCUGGUGCAUUUGUUCUAUGCUCUUCCCCUGCUGACUGUCCUCAUCUAUGGUCUGAGAACACCCGGGUGCAGCUGGAUGUUAGACUGGACCAUCUUCUUUGCAGCAGCCAUGGCUCAGACCCAGUGGUGCCAUAUUGGUGCAUCUCUGCACUCCCGCACUCCCUUCACAUACCGAGUCACAGCAGACAAAUGGUGGCCUGUUAUCACCCUCAAUGUGCUGCUCGCUGCUGCGCCGGCUCUGCUGGCCCUGCGCUGCCGCACUAACCCUGCUUAUUUUAUGAAUCCUGUUCCCGAGGGACAGACCAACGACGAGAAGAAGAAAAACUAAACCACACACCAGCUGCUGACUGUCGAGGAAUACUUCACGCUGUGACGGGCCGAAUGUUUUCUGUGGACUCUCUCUUGUGUACAAACUGCUUUAAACUCACAAUUUUUCAACCUCAAAACCCAGAGGAAAUCUAAAGACACUGCUCUUGAGUCAACUGUUUUGAAAAUCAGUCACCUCGUGCAGCACUCCCUGCAUGGACUAUUGGACCCUGAUAAGAAGGCUGUUGAUGGAGUUAAGGGCUGUGAUCGUCUCUCACAGUUUUCAGGUGACUCAUGCAGACACCCAGUUCAUAAAGUCAUGAUUCUACAUCUUUCUAUGCAGAAAUCCACACCAAAAUCUCUGCAGCUCUACAGCUGAAAGUUUGUUCUUACUGAUCUAACAGUGACAGGGUCAGUGAACUUAUACUUAUAAAAUCUUGAAAGUCUGAAUAACUUAUGUUGAUGUGAUAAGGGAGAUGGUAGCAGAUGUUACUCAAGAGGAAAAGUCGACCUGGUGAUGGAUACUGUGCACCGUCUUUGGUGAUUCUAUUUGUUGUUACUGGGGCUGCAACUAAUGAUUGAUUGAUCAAUCAUUUGGUCUAUAAAAUGUGAGUAAUAAAAAAAAAAAAAUGUGUAUCACUAUUUCCUAGAGCCCAGGGUGAUGUCUUCAGAUUGUUCUGUUUUGUCCCAGCAAUCCAUUUUUCACUGACACUGUUUUUGACCGAUAAAUGAUUUAAAAAUAGUUUUGCCCAUGAACUCAUCAACUUAUUAACUAACAUUUUAGCUCUAGUCAUCUCAAAUGACGCAGUUUCUCUGAGUCUCUUGGCUUAUGUCUUUCUGUGCUUUCAACGUGUAACAGGCCAUAGAUUCAUGAUCACGAAAUCCAAAGUUGAAAUCUGCUUUUAUUCAUCAGCUGAGCGGUUUGCUGGUUUAAUAGGACGAUCUCCUCAGAAGUCAAUAUUGUCCCUGCCUGGUGAUGUCAUUGUGCCCUAUGUACAGUGAACCGCUGUGGUAGUCAAACUGAUAAGCAUUGAACCCUGGAUUUAGGUUAGCUGUCACACACAACAGCAGCACAAAAGAUGACGUGACACAUCAGCCAGCUGUGCAUCACGUAAACUGUUUGUCUUUUGAGGUGAAUCAAAGUUGCCCUCACAUGCUGUGUGUACAGGACUGUAGCUGCUGUUAGGCAGAGGUCGUCGUCCU